GCUUCUCCUCUCCCUCGUAAAGGCGCCCGGAGAAGAACGAAAGAGGUGGAGCGGCGAUGGGCUCGGCGGUGUUCGAGAUGGGACUGGAGUUGGAGCUGUGCGCCACCCGGAUCGUCGGCGACUUCGUGAAGGAGGUGUCGGCGAUCGAGAGCGGCGGCAGCGGCCGGGCAUCGAGGCUCGAGGAGUCCAUCAAGUUCUUGGAGGAGGAAAAGCGAAAGAUCGAGGCUUUUAGACGCGAGGUCCCCAUCUGCAUGCGUCUUCUUCGCGAGGUGAUCGAAAGGUUGAGGAGGGAGAUCGAGCGGUGCCGCUGCGAGAGUUUUGGACAUGUAUUCGAGGAAUUCAUGCCUCUUAAGAGUAAAGUCGAGGACGAUGGAGGGGUAAAAGUGGAAACGGAUUGCAGAGAUAAGAUGAACUGGAUGAGUUCCGUCCAACUCUGGAGCGAUAAUUACAGUGAGAACGAUGACGAAGAGAAGAUCGUGUCGAAUGAGCAAGAUGGAGCGGUGGAUCACAGACAGGGGAAGGGGAAGUCUCUAGAAUGCAAGAGCCGGAGCAGCGGGGUCGAGUUCCUGCCAUUUAAAGCUUUAUCGCCUCUUGCUGCGAGCUCCGAGGAGGAGGAGGAGAAGCCCGCUUCUGCGUUGCCUGAGCUCUCGCUGCAAUCACCGGCGAUCAACAGAACCCUUGACCUUGUAACUCCGGUCGCUUUGGGUGACCACCGAGGCUUCGGUGGUUUCAGAAAAGCCACUGAGUGGGUGCCUGCGACCCUUGGCUUGCAGUCACGGCUGCAACCACCGAGGAAGGCGAGGAGGUGCUGGUCGCAGGAACUGCAUCGCCGGUUCGUCCUCGCCAUCCAACAGCUGGGUGGCGCCCAAGUGGCUACUCCCAAGCAGAUACGAGAACUGAUGAAGGUGGAUGGGCUCACAAAUGAUGAAGUGAAGAGCCAUCUGCAGAAAUACCGAUUGCACACUGAAAGGGUCCACGCUCAAAGGCUUCCUAAUGCUGUGGCUACGGCAGAUCGAGCAGUUGUGGUUUUAGGAGGCCUAUGGGAUCGUGAGGAACAACACACUAGUUCCUCACAACAGAGUUUUUCACAAUCUGGGUCGCCGAUGAGCCCAUUUCAGUUAGCUGGCUCUAGAUGAGCUCUGGCUAGAGAUAGCUUUGAGGAAAAUGGCAAAUCAGAGAGCUAUAGCUGGAAAUUUGGAGGCAUUUCAGUACUCGGUGAAGGAGAUCAAUGUAUAGAGAGAAAGAGAGGGAGAGAGAGAGAGAGAAUCAAAAUUUUGCUGAUACAAUACAACUGGGGGGAAAUGAUGAGACUGUUUCUGUGACAGGUUACUCAAGGGAUGAGAUAGCAAUAGAAGAGAUCAUGGACAAGAGAGACUUCUGGCACCAACAACAUUUAAUCAUCCAAAUCAGUGGUCCUGUCUGAAAUUGUCUGGAAUUCAUCUUAAAAUCCAAUGCUCAGAUCUGGCACUCACAUUCCUGCUUCCAAGUCAUUUUCCUGUUUGUGAGCUGACAAUUUCAUCCAUGAUUACACUGUUUCAUUGCUAUUUCUGAGGGACCACCUUGUCAUUUUUCUUCCUCAAAAAGACAGGCUUCAAGUAUAGCAUCUUCUCAAGUAUAUCUUUCUCCAAAGGACUUGCACCUCAAACAGAUGGAUAUUUCUUGAUAUCUCCAGCUGUUGCAAAGCAAAUCCAGACCAUUCCCUGGUGCCCAUGCUU